UGAUCAAAGGCAUGGUUGAAGAGAGAGAUUUGAGAAGGUUUUUGACGGUGGUUAAGACAAAUGAACAGUAGGAGUGGUUGAGAAAUUUCCAGACUUCAGGAGUACAACCAGAAUCCAAAGAUUGGAGGGAGCGUGCUGCGGUGUGGGGCUGGUGGAGAUGGCAAAUUUAGAUCCUGUACCCAGGCUAUGGAGGGAUAUGAAAAUGAGGGUGAAGAUUUUAAAUUGAUCCAUUUGACAGACUGGGAGCCAGUGGAAGUUGGUGAAGACACGGGUGAUAGGUCCAAACUGGCCUCUCUCUUUGGCAUGGAUCAGGCUUCCACAGGUCAGGGGAACGAGUCUUUCCAGUAUACUGCCCCCAAGCAGCCAAAGAAAGGGACACCGCCGCCUGGAGCAGGUUCACAGAAGCCAACAGCUGGUGCUGUUCCUCCGGCAGUCUUGUUCGCAACUGGAGUGCACGCUUACCAAUAUCUGAAUGGUCAGUAUAUGAAUCAAGGGAAGCUGGGUGUGGCGAUUCUUGGAAACCAUGCUUCAACAGAGUACAAGAUUCUCCUGUACGCCAGCCAGCAGAAACGGAUUGCUGCUGCGCGCAUCUAUCCAACGUUCACCUUUACUGUUCAAGCUAAUAAUUACUGUGUGUUUUACGAUGACCAGCGACAGAAUUGGUCAGUCAUGUUUGAUUCUGAGAAGGCUGUGGUGGAAUUUGGCAAACAGGUGUGUUUGGCCAAAUGCAACAGCGCCUCAAUGUUGGAAUCAGUGCUGAUCCAGGAUCUGGCCCCAGGAGAUGGACAGGCAGUCGAAACAGGUGACUCUCUGGAAGUGUCCUACACGGGUUGGCUUUACCAGAACCACGCAUUUGGGCAGGUUUUUGACACAAAUGUGAACAGAGACAAGUUGCUGCGGCUGAAAAUAGGAUCUGGGAAAGUGAUAAAGGGAUGGGAGGUCGGCAUGCUGGGAAUGAAGAAAAAUGGGAAGAGACUGUUGAUCAUACCUCCAAGUUUGGCGUACGGAACACAGGGAAUACCAAACCGGAUUCCACCUGAUGCAACGCUUGUCUUUGAGGUGGAGGUUAAAAGGGUAAAAUUUUCAAAGGAAUCUGGGUUUGACAAGCAGAGCACCAGAUCUCAUGAUUCAGCUGCGUCUUCACCUGCCCCCAGUAUAGAGAGCCUGGCCAUGGAAACUUCGAUCCCAGCACCAGUGUCUGUGCCUCCAAAGCCUGGGGAGCAUGUGGUGCGGGCCAAGUCCAAUUCACUAAGUGACAUGUUGGCAAAUCCAGACACCACUAAAGCCAAAUUAAUUUCUCGAAUGGCGAAGAUGGGUCAGCCGAUGCCAUUUCUCACAGGAGCCCACUCUGCACAACCUGACUCCAGUGACUCAGAACUUGAGGAUCAUUCAUUGCGGGUCGCCCCACUCGCUGCCCCGUCUCCUGCCCCAUCAUCAGUUCAGCACACUGCACAUCCUGUUCACAAUCUGCCUCCACAGCAGCCAGCACCAGUGCCUGUAUCUAUGCACCCGUCAUCCUCUGCAGCAUUAAUGCCAGUCACUAUGUCUGCACAACAAGGACUGCCUGGCAGUGGACAGUCCUUCCAGCCAUACACAGGGAUAUCCUAUGGUUACCCACAAGGGCAUGCUGCUCAGACCCAGAUUCAGACAGUUGCACCGAUGUUCCCAGCCCAGACACAGCAGUACCAAGCUGCUGGAGAUGUCACUUCCUUUAUGAUGACAGAGGCACGGCAGCAUAACACUGAGAUUCGAUUGGCUAUUAGCAAGGCCUCAGAUAAAAUCGACCAGCUUUCUCAUAAGGUGGAGGAUUUGCAGAAACAUGUGAGCGGGCCCUCGUUGUUCCCAGGUAUUUCAUCAGUCACAAUGGAAACUAGCAUGAUCAUGCAUAACAUCCAGAGAAUUAUCCAGGAAAAUGAGAGGCUGAAACAGGAAGUGUUUGACAAAAGCAGUCGGAUUGAAGAACAGAAUGGGAAGAUCAGUGACUUGAUCCAGAGAAACCAAAGAUAUGUGGAACAGAGUAAUUUGCUGAUGGAACAGAGGAAUGACACUCUGAUAUCCUCAACAGAGAAUAAUCAGGCUCGCAUUCUGUUUGCAGAGCAGGAGAAGGUUAAGGUGACUGAAGAACUAGCAGUGGCCACCAGCCAAGUUGCCAAGCUGCAGCUGGAGCUCACAGCUCACCAGAAGGAGGAAAUGGAGUUACGCAGUCAGCUUGCGUCAGCAUUGCAGGAGGCAGAGGGGCAAAGGCUACGGCUGAACAACGUGGAAGCCCAGUUAACAGAGCUGCAGGAGGUGUCAGAGCGUGCUCAGACUCGAUGCAAAGCAGAGAAACAAAGCCGCAAGGAACUUGAGGUGAAGGUGGUCAGCCUGGAGGAGGAGCUCAUAGACCUGCGAGCCGAAAAAGAAAAUCUGGAAAAGAGUUUAGCAGAAAGGAAGAGAAAAGCAGGAAUGGAGCGGCAGCGAGCAGAGGAGGAGAUGGAUGAAAUCCGGAAAUCGUAUGAGGAAGAACUGGAAAAAGUGCGGUCGUUGCUGAAGAAAACCCGAACAUCGACUGACCAGGCUGCAGCAGAGCAGAUUGUAGUGAUGCAGGCAGAGCUAGAAUCACAGUGGCAGGUCAAGUGCGACCGGAUGCUGGCAUUGGCCAAGGAGCAGCACAGUCAGCAGUAUCGAGAAGUCUGUGAGCAGCGGGAAGGCCAGCAGCUUCAGAUUUCCCAGCUGGAGGCAAAGUUGGCAUCAUUGAAACAGUCUCGUCACGUGGAGGAAGAGAGGGUCUCAUCCCUCCAGGAACAGGCAGAUGAGCUGCAAACGCUGAAGGAGCGGUAUUUAUCCCUGCAGAGUAGAGCUGCUACAAUGAAGGAACACUACGACAGCCAAAUCAGUGAGCUGCAACGACAGGUCUCUGCAACCAAUGAUACAUCACAUUCAGGCGACACUGCUGAGGAGGUGAAGAAAAUCAUGAAUGGCGUAUUUCAGUCAUUGCGAGGAGAGUUUGACCUGGACGAAAUGUACAAUGGCAGAGGAGUUCUCAGCAUCAUCAUGAACACUAUCAAGGUAGUUACCCUGCAGCUCUUGAGAAGUGGCCAAGACCAGCCAAUCAUGAAGAAAGACAAUGAGGAUGAAGAAUCUGAGGAGGAGAUUGAGGAACGGGCAGCUCCUUUGAUUGGGAGUCUGAGUACUAAGGUGAAUACCUCUAUCACAGAAAAGCCAAAGAGUGCAGCAUUGUGUGAGGAGCAUUCCACAGCAUCUGAAGCUGAUCAGUUAAAUGAUGUGGCUUUAUCAUCCGGUCAUUCUCAUGAGGCGAUUGAGCUUAAACUAGAUCACGCUGAGGCCAGAGGUUCGAAAGCAACACAGCUGGAGUUGGAGCAGGCGGAGGCAUUUCUGAGCCCUACCCAGAACAUUGCCAUAGGUAGACUUGAUGCAAGUGUGGCAGACAGUCAGGAGGACGCAGCAGGGGACUUGGGAAAACAGACAGGUGAGGGAGAGACUGAGAAGAAAGUAGAAUCGCCUCUGUCUGACCUACAAAGUGAAAGACCUCAUCACCAAUCAGAGGUCCUUGAGCAUGAAAGGACAUUGGAGAAAAGCCUUAACCUAGUAGAUGGGGCCCAGCAUUGUGAGUCAGGCAAUGCCUCCGUUUUAAACAAUUCAACAGCUAGUGAAAGACAGGAGGAGCAAUCUCAAACACUCAGUUUUGAAAGUGGGGAUAGCAGCGCUGGAAUUCAGGAGGAACCUCGGCCUUCAGAACCUCUGCAUGGAAAAGUGCCAGAUCUCAAUGGGGAUGAAGAGAGCCCAGAAAUUCCAGAGGGUCCAGCGUUCAACCCAAAUGAGACUCCCUCGGAACUGGAGACAUUGCAUGUGACGGAAUGUGGUUCCAAUGGCACAGCAACAACUGAAGAACUCAAAUCUAAAUCUGUCUCCACACCAAACCCCUCCAGUCUUUUCAGUGAUGAUGAUGACGAUGAGGGCUUGUUCAAACCAGUGACUCUGAAAGUGGAGAAGAUGGCAAAGAAGGAGGAAGAAGAGGAGGAUGAGGAGGAAGUGAGUAUGAAGGGCUGCCCACCACCAGCUCCACUCUUUGGAGAUGAGGACGAGGAAGAUGACUUUGACUGGCUUGGAUGAGGUCACCUCUAUUGACAUUGAGGACAUGGAGCUGGUUCUGGAAGUAGCCAGUUCAGACCCUGCGGUUGUCUGAGAGAAACAGUGCUUAUUCUGCAAUGUACAGCCCUGUGGAACUUCACAUUCCGAAAUCCUCUUAGUGGUUGUAACCUGAUGGUCUUAGCCGUUUUGAUGUGAGGCUGUGUCCUCAGUCAGCACAGAAGGAAACUGUGGAUGAAAGUGCACUGACUCUGAACUGUAUUGGUAUUGUUCUUGAGCAGUAUAUGGCUCUGUUGCAAACAGAUUUUCUUUUUAUUUCCUGCUGACUUUCAAUACAUUUUUACUGUUUAUACAGCCAGGGCUAAUGAUGGUUGAUGGGGAGCCCAACUCUGCUGACCGCUUAAUAACUCCUAUUGUCUGCUACAGUUUGAUUAUGAAUCUCUUUCAUUCAGUUUUUGUCGUGUUGAAUCGGUUGCGAUUGAUGCUCAUGCAUAGAAGGGGACAUUCUCCUUGUUCUGUGUAUCCGGUACAAGCACAGGUUUGGUCCAAAAUAAAGUAUCUCUGUGCCUUAA